GCGCUACGCCUUAUAAAGCCAUCUGCUGUCGAGCCUCUGUGUUCUUGUCCCUCCGUCUUAUGAACCUGCUCCGACCACCACUACAGCAUCACUGAUCCACCACAAACCGUGAAGAUGGCGGCCCGGACCAUGCAAGCGGCACGAUGCCCGACAGACGAGUUGUCGCUGACAAAUUGUGCCGUGGUCAGCGAGAAGGAUCUGCAGUCUGGACAACACGUGACUGUGAAGACCACGCCCAACCACAAAUUUGUGUUUACAGUCAAGACCCACCACACUGUGGCACCUGGUUCAAUUGCAUUCAGCCUGCCACAGCGAAAAUGGGCUGGUCUCUCCAUCGGCCAGGAAGUGGAAGUGUCCAACUACAACUUUGACAAGUCCAAGCAGUGCAUCGGUGCCAUGACAAUCGAAAUUGACUUCCUGCAGAAGAAGAGUACAGACUCUUCGCCUUAUGACUCAGACAAGAUGGCUGCCGAGUUCAUCCAGAAGUUCAACAGCCAGGCCUUUUCUGUCACACAGCAGCUGGUGUUCAGCUUCUGUGACAAACUUUUUGGACUGGUUGUCAAAGACAUUGAGGCAAUGGAUGCCAGCAUCCUCAAAGGUGAAGCACCCUCUGGAAAGAAACCACAGAAGAUUGAUGCUGGGCUGCUGGUGGGCAACAGUCAGGUGAUUUUUGAGAAGGCAGAGAGUUCAUCCUUGACACUUGUUGGUAAGGCAAAGACCAAGGAAGCACGUCAGACAAUCAUCAACCCAGACUGGAACUUUGAGAAAAUGGGCAUUGGAGGUCUGGAUAAGGAAUUCUCAGACAUUUUCCGGAGAGCUUUUGCUUCUCGUGUCUUCCCUCCAGACAUUGUGGAGCAGAUGGGCUGUAAGCACGUGAAGGGUAUCUUGCUGUUCGGACCUCCAGGCUGUGGUAAAACCCUAAUGGCUAGGCAGAUUGGCAAAAUGCUUAACGCCCGGGAGCCAAAGAUCGUCAAUGGCCCUGAAAUCCUCAACAAAUAUGUGGGAGAGUCCGAGGCCAACAUCCGCAAGUUGUUCGCCGACGCAGAGGAUGAGCAAAAGCGGCUGGGAGCUAACAGCGGCCUUCAUAUCAUCAUUUUUGAUGAGCUGGAUGCCAUUUGCAAGCAGAGAGGCACGGGUGCGAGCAGCACGGGUGUGCACGAUACUGUGGUCAACCAGCUCCUGUCCAAGAUUGAUGGUGUGGAGCAACUUAACAACAUCCUGGUCAUUGGGAUGACCAACAGGCCUGACCUGAUCGAUGAUGCACUCAUGAGGCCUGGCAGGUUUGAGGUCAAGAUGGAAAUUGGUCUUCCUGAUGAGAAAGGCCGCGUUCAAAUUCUCACAAUUCAUACUAAUAAGAUGCGAAACUUCAACCUGCUGGCUCAAGAUGUCAACAUACCAGAGCUGGCAUCUGAAACCAAGAAUUACAGUGGAGCAGAGCUGGAGGGACUGGUUAGGGCCGCCCAGUCCACUGCCAUGAACAGACAUAUCAAGGCGACAUCUACAGUUGAGGUUGACAUGGAGAGGGCAGAGAAGCUGCAGGUCACCAGAGAUGACUUCUUAGGAUCCCUUAACAAUGACAUUAAACCAGCGUUUGGUACAAACCAGGAGGAUUACUCCAACUACAUCAUGAAUGGCAUCAUCAAAUGGGGUGACCCAGUUACGCAUGUCCUCGAUGAUGGAGAGCUGCUGGUACAGCAGACCAAGAACAGUGAUCGCACACCGCUGGUGACUGUGCUCCUGGAAGGUCCACCUCACAGUGGAAAAACAGCUUUGGCAGCCAAGAUUGCAGAGGACUCCCAGUUCCCCUUCAUUAAGCUCUGUUCUCCAGACAAGAUGAUUGGACACUCAGAGAUCUCCAAGUGCCAGGCAAUCAAAAAGGUCUUUGAUGACGCUUACAAAUCCCAGCUCAGCUGUGUGGUGGUUGAUGACAUCGAACGUCUCCUCGAUUAUGUCCCAAUUGGACCGCGUUUCUCCAAUUUGGUUCUUCAAGCCUUGUUGGUGCUCCUGAAGAAAGCACCUCCCAAGGGUCGGAAGCUGCUCAUCAUUGGCACCACCAGCAGGAAAGACGUCCUGCAGGAGAUGGAGAUGUUGGAUGCCUUCAGCACCACCAUACACAUCCCUAACAUCUCCACUGGGGAGCAGCUUGUCGACGCUUUAGAGCUGUUGGGGAGUUUCUCAGACAAAGAAAGGGCCAGCAUCGCACAUCAGCUUAAAGGAAAGCGGGUUUGGAUCGGCAUUAAGAAACUCCUCGUGCUUAUCGAGAUGUCGCUGCAGAUGGACCAAGAUUACAGAGUGACCAAGUUCCUGUCUCUGCUGAGAGAUGAGGGGGCGUUGAAUGAAGGCAAUCAAAUCCGAAUUUAAGCUGCCACUAUGUACUGUGGUCGCAGCUUUUAUGAGUAGAGUGGCUUCAGAAAUGCGACAACUAGCCACAAACAAGUUGCAAUGUGGAAGAGAAGAAGUCAUUCCUCUGUCAACCUUUCUAAAUAGGCAUCUGGUAAAAGACACUAUACAACCCCCCUCUCCUUCUUAUCUCAGCAUGUUUCUAUCGGCAAUAUCACCAAAGUAUAUUUGCCGUCAUAUCAUUGCAAUCUACGGGAAAUUAUACUGUUAUGAAAUUGUUAUCUGUAAAAAUAUUGCUAUAGAUGAUUGUAAAAAAAAAAGUGCUGUUUUGUGCAUCUUGGAGGGAAAAAAAAAGCUAUCUGUUUUUAGCUUCUUGUGUAGUAUGUUGUCUUGCUAAAUUAUAGUCAGUAUGAUACUGUGAGUACAAAGAGACAAUAACAAGAGAACGCCAUUAAAAUGGACAUGAAUACAGUGCAGAUUGCUUGCUUUGUGCAGGAUUCUAGUGACCAUGUAGUGGCUAAGAAAAAAGUACUUGUAAGUUGUAAAUGUUAAACCUUUGAUUCGCUGUAACUUGUCUAUGGCUUAAGUCAGUGUAAGCCCAAAGUAUAUAUUAACACAGACAGUAUAUUGAGAAAGAUUUUUCCCAAUUUACUUAUGUAAACACACUAUGACAGUAUGACUUGUUAUCCUUUGUUCUUCCAAAGAUUAUGACUUUAUCAGGUUCGUUCUAGUGGAAGUUGGAUUGUUGAUUGUCUGUUAUGUGCAGUUCAGUGCAGUUUAGUAAAGCUAGCGUAGAUUUGGCAUUGUUAGUGUUCAAUACAAAAAAAAUAUCUGCACUUUUAAGAUGGAUAUGAAACUACGGAACAGGAAAAAAAAAUAGUG